UGCACCGGGGAUUCAGGCACACACAGGAGGGACGGUCUCCUCGGCUCAGGCACCGUCAGCCCCCAGCCAUGGCAAUCCACAGGCGAGAGCGAGCCGCUGCUCCCGACCUCGGCCCCGAAGCUCGCCUGGGACCUGACUAAGCGCAGCCCCCAUGCCCGGGUGUCUCGCUCCGCGCCUGCCACGCGAGCUGGAGGAAGAUGCUCCGUGCGCGGAGCGGGGCAGCCCCACCUUGCCUGCGCGCCCGUGCGCCCCGCUGAGCGGGGCGAGGCUGGAGUUGGCCAAGGGGGCGCCUUUGCCGCAGCGUCCAUUUCCCGGCGUGUUCGAGCCCGGAUUUGCAGCAGUUGCGCCUCCCCAGCGCGGAGUAGCCGGAUGACGGUGCUAAGAGGAGGCGUAGGAUGGUGAGUGACUUGCUCCGGGCCGGGAGAGAGCCGAGAUCCGCCGUGCACCGACUGAGAGGGACACUACACCGGACUCCCUGUGUCCUUCCCCUCCGCUGAGACAACUCCUGCUGCUGCAGGGAUGCAGUGGGGAGGAUGGAGCGGGGCUGGGGGUACCUUCCGCCUGGCUUGAUCUAGCGAAUGGCUUAAAGGGAGGAGGGGAAAGCCACCCCUGGGAAAUUUCCCCUGCCCUCCGUCUGAAAGCCACAUUCACUCCGGAGUUGCGGUUUGGCAUGAAGGACACCCUGUGCCAACCCUGCGAGGCUCGCCUCUUGGAGCCCAGCCCGUCCACGUGAAGCCGGCCGGCGCUGGGAGCCUGAGCUUUGCAGAAUAACGGGGGGCAGCAUUACAGGGGACCAGGAGUUGCGGCACCGGCUUCCCCAUCCCGGGGACAAUUCUUCUCCGGACGCUGCGGCUACAGCACCCGAAUUGUUCUCUCCAUCUCUUCUGCACCUGCUGGGCACUAGGAAGCCGUCCUGAGCCGGUGCCUUUCCAUAACCCCCAGCUUUGCUGCUGCGACUUGUCCUGCACGCUCGCUGCUCGGGCUUGAGACAACUCCUCCCAGGGAGGUGGGAUGUGCUCGCACCUGCAGCCACCUCCCAUCCCAAGCCACCUUUACGUCUCUAGCCAGGAGGCUCCCCACACACCACACCUCAUUUGCCAAACAGCAGCUGAAGUGGCCACCCUGGGAGUUUGAUGGCUUCUUUGAGGCGAGUCAAAGUUCUGUUGGUGUUGAACUUGAUUGCAGUGGCUGGCUUUGUCCUCUUUCUGGCCAAGUGUAGACCCAUCACUGUCAAGAGUGGGGAUUCCUUCCAUGAAAUCCAUCCUAGGGCAGAAGUGGCCAACUUGACAGCCCAUGGCAUCAGCCCUAUCCAGGAUGCAGUACUGAAAAGGCUCUCCCUUCUAGAAGAUAUAGUCUACAGGCAGCUAAAUGGUUUGUCUAAGUCUCUUGGUCUCAUUGAAGGCUACGGUGGGCGUGGUAAAGGUGGGCUUCCUGCUACCCUCUCCCCGGCGGAGGAAGAGAAAGCUAAGGGGCCACAUGAGAAAUAUGGCUAUAAUUCCUACCUCAGUGAGAAAAUUUCACUGGAUCGUUCCAUACCUGAUUAUCGUCCAACCAAGUGCAAAGAGCUGAAAUAUGCAAAGGAUCUGCCCCAGAUUUCCAUUAUUUUCAUCUUUGUGAAUGAAGCAUUGUCAGUGAUCCUGCGGUCAGUGCACAGCGCUGUUAAUCACACACCAGCCCACCUCCUGAAAGAGAUUAUCCUUGUGGAUGACAACAGUGAUGAAGAGGAAUUGAAGGCACCUCUGGAAGAGUAUGUCAACAAACGAUAUCCGGGGCUUGUGAAGGUGGUGCGCAACCAGAAAAGAGAAGGCCUGAUCCGAGCUCGUAUUGAAGGUUGGAAAGCCGCUACGGGCCACAUCACUGGAUUCUUUGAUGCCCACGUGGAAUUCACUGCUGGGUGGGCUGAGCCAGUUCUGUCACGAAUCCAAGAAAACCGGAAAAGGGUUAUUCUUCCGUCAAUUGACAAUAUCAAGCAGGACAACUUUGAGGUGCAGCGUUAUGAGAACUCUGCCCAUGGAUACAGCUGGGAGUUAUGGUGCAUGUACAUUAGCCCUCCCAAAGACUGGUGGGAUGCUGGUGACCCUUCACUGCCAAUCAGGACACCUGCCAUGAUUGGCUGUUCGUUUGUUGUAAAUAGGAAGUUCUUUGGAGAAAUAGGUCUUCUGGAUCCUGGAAUGGAUGUAUAUGGAGGAGAGAACAUAGAGCUAGGAAUCAAGGUGUGGCUGUGUGGUGGCAGUAUGGAAGUGCUGCCGUGCUCCAGAGUCGCUCACAUUGAACGCAAGAAGAAGCCCUACAACAAUAACAUUGGUUUCUACACCAAGCGGAAUGCUCUGCGAGUGGCCGAAGUGUGGAUGGACGAUUACAAGUCUCAUGUUUACAUUGCAUGGAACUUGCCACUGGAGAAUCCAGGCAUUGACAUUGGGGACGUCUCGGAGAGAAAAGCAUUAAGGAAAAGCUUAAAGUGUAAAAAUUUCCAGUGGUACCUGGACCAUGUUUACCCAGAAAUGAGGAGAUACAAUAAUACUAUUGCCUAUGGGGAGCUUCGUAACAACAAAGCGAAGGAUGUAUGCCUUGACCAGGGUCCGCAGGAGAACCACACAGCAAUACUGUAUCCAUGCCACGGCUGGGGACCUCAGGUUAGGAUUUAUUUUCUGUUAUACAGUGUGCACAAAUAACAGAGAAUCGGCCGAGAUUGCUGCAAAGCAUAAUA